UCGACUGUGCCUUCAAUGUACGGGUUUUUCUGCCCCAAAUUCUUCUCACUGAAAACACUAACCCUAGAGAGAACCGGGCGGAAAAGCUUUUUGUCAUAGAAGAGAGAAGAGGAGAAGGGAGAGUGAGAGAGAUGUUCUAUUCUCAUACGUUUCUGGCGAGGAAGAGCCCUCUGGGGACGGUAUGGAUCGCGGCGCACCUGGAGCGGAGGAUCAAGAAGCCUCAGAUCGACGUAAUCGAUAUUCCGUCCUACGCUGAAUUCAUCAUGUUUCCCGAAGUCCCCAUUGCUCUGAGAUUGUCGGGGCACCUUCUGCUGGGUCUUGUCCGGAUAUACUCGUGGAAAGUCAACUACCUCUUCCAGGAUUGCAACAGGAUGCUGACUGAUAUAAGGAUGGCAUUUGCCUCGAUACAAGUCAAUCUGCCAGCAGAAGCAGAUCGAGCACCAUUUGAGUCUGUGACAUUGCCAGAAACAUUUGAGCUUGAUGCUUUGGAGUUGGAUGACUCGAUCUAUCAGACAGAUAGCCUGGAUGACCACCGUAAAACAUAUGAGGAAAUUACUAUGACAGAUGAAACCCCAGGUGGAAGAGAACAGUACAUAAGAUUUUUCAUCAAUGAGGAUGACAGGACGGAUUCAUCGACUCAGCUAGAGAUGCCUACUCCUGGUGCAGGACCAAUGGAAGAAGAUGUGUUGCCUCCAUUUGAGGGCGGCUUCGAAGCAAUUCUUACUCCUGAUGUGAAUGCUGGAGGUGCUAGAGACCCUGGUCCAAGCAACCAGACAGAAGGCUCUUUUCAGAGUUUUAAUGAGAGUCAUUUUGUUCAAGAGUUUCCAGAUAUUGAGACCAUGCGUAAAGCUGAGCGCAAUUUUGAGCCUGGAAACAUUCCAGAGUUGGAUGAUACGGACAAUGACAUUGGUGGACUGCUUGAAGGUUCUGUUCCCAUGAUGAACAGAAAUCUUUCUCCAAUAUUGGAACAUGUAUUGGUCUCUGGAGGGGAAUUCUUGCCCUCACCUUCACGCGCUAAAGCACCAACAGUUGCAUCUGCGGAUGAUCUUGAUAUUCAAAACAUGGGACUUUCUUUGGGGCAACCAUUACCUGACUUGGAGCUUCAACCGUCUCCUCCUGUCAAUGGGCAAAAGGCAAAGAAGAGAAAGAAAAAGCAGUACUUUGAUGAGUCUCUCGUGUUGACUAAUGUGGACAUGAAAAGGCAGCUUGAAGACACUAAUAAGUUAGUAUGCAAGCGAAGGAAACUCCCUUGCUCAGCUCUGGACACGUGGAGGCUUCGCAGAACCUUACGAAAUGAACACAUUUUUCAUGAGCCUUUGCUCUCUGGGAUUUGUACUGAUCUCCAGGAAGCUUUUGAGAAAAUUCUUCCUCAAAAGUUUCCUCAUGCAGAUUCUGCUCCCAUGGAUGCUUCUCCUGGGCUCAUGCAUCCAUCAUCUCCAGUUGCCAGGCCUGACACUGAUAUGGAACCUGAGCGGCCCCGGUUUGGCAGCCCCACUGGGGGAAAUCUACCUGACAGAGUGCCAUCUCCAUCAGAGAGGGAAGAGAUGACUCCCUUUGACACUGGUAAUGUAGGCUCAGUGUCUGAUGCUGGAAGGACCUUUGAGACAGAGGUACUGCCCACAUUUGAGAUUCCUGCCUUGUCUGAACCAGCUAGUUCUCAGCCUGAAACUUCUUUCUUCCGCUUAGAGGAAGAAUGGGUCCUUAAUGAUACAAAUCCUCCAGAAAUUCCUGGCCUGCUAGAUUCUGCUGAUGGACAAGACUUGAAUUUUCUGGAAGCAAGUAAUGUGUCAUCUGGUUAUAGAACAACUGAAGUUGAAAAUAUGUCUGCUAGGACUAGAGCAGUGGCGCAAUAUUUGAAGGAACGUUCACCUUCAACUAAGAGUUCAAUAGACGGGUCAGGAAAUGUAAGUUUGAAUGAGAUAUUAGAAGGGAAGACAAGGAAGCAAUGCGCAAGGAUGUUCUUUGAAACUAUGGUGUUGAAGAGCUAUGGGCUUAUUGAUGUGCAACAGGAAGAAGCUUAUGCUGAUAUUCUAAUUUCUCCUACGCCUGCGCUCUCAACAGCCAAAUUCUGAACCAAUCUCUUUGAGUGUUUUGCCUGGCCUUACCAUAUAAAGCUUGGAUUGUUGCCAUCCACCAGCGAAUACAUUGGUCAUAGGUCCAAAGGGUUAUUAACUUAAUGAUGUUGAUUUCAGCUAUGCUUCUUGUGUAUAUUACAGCCUGUCUUCAGUGUUUAUGGGUAACCAUUGUAAUUAUCAUUUAAUUAUGCUAUCUCAUCAGCAUGUGGAAGUUGGAAUGUAAUAGUCACCUCAGGUGAAAAAGUUUGGUACUAACUAAUUUUGGUGUAAAUUAAAUUUUGAAAUUUGUGUUCUGUUGAAA